GUCAAAUUCCACGGUAAGCAAGUGUUUACAAAUAAUAUCUGUAGUAGUGAACAGUUACGUACUCAUAAUCGACUAACAGAGUUGCCCAUUCGAAGGAUUUAACCUCAAAUAUUUUCUCGCAGUGAUUGUGCGUAUAAUUAAGUGAAUCAGGAUGGAAAGCAGAGAGGCCACAGUGAGGGUGAAGUUAGAGCCGAAGGAUACAUUACCAGAUACAGGCGAAGAUUAUAAUUUUGAUUCGGUGGACUCUUGCGAAGUCGAAAACUUUGAAAAAUUCACGUUUAAUAAAACACCAAUUAGUCACGAGAAUGAAGCUAUUGCGUUAGCGGAAAAGUUAGAUGAAACAAUUUUCAUCGACUUUGAGUGCAAAAAUGUUAAAACUGAACUGACGUAUCUAGCGACAACGAUCUGCAAAUAUGAGCAUCAAAAUUUUCAACCUAUUGUGAAAGCAGAAGACCAAAUUCAAUCUAAUUACUUGAAUGAAAAUACAUUCAUUGAUUUUGAAUGCAAACAUGUUAAGCUUGAACUGCCAUUCUUAUCGACAAACAUCUCCAAAUCUGAGUAUUCAAUUGGUCUACCUAUUACAAAAGUAGAAAGUCACAUUCAGACUAAUUAUUUAAACGAUAAAGAUCAGGUGGCUUCGAUAAACAAGGAAUUAGAUUAUGAUAAUAGUGAAUUUCAAGUUCAUUCCCACUUGAAGCUUGGAAAUUAUAUGAAUGUAAAUAUAUCUGAAACUAAGUUACCUCAUCAAAGAGAAGUGAACCUAAAGAAACAUAUCAAUACGACGCACAAGAGCAUCAGAAAAUAUGAAUGUGAUAUUUGUCAUAAAUCAUUUUCACUUAAAGGUAAUCUAAAUAAACACAUACGUUUAGUCCAUGGUCAGAGCAAACCUUUUGAAUGUGACAUUUGUCACAAGUCAUUUGGAGAAAAAAGUACCCUCAAAAGUCACAUAAAUGCAAUACAUGACCAGAUCAAACCCUUCGAAUGUGAGAUUUGUCACAAAUCAUUUGUACGAAAAGAUCAUCUCAAAACACAUUUAAAUUCAAUACACGAUAAUAAGAAACCCUUUGAAUGUGAGAUUUGUUACAAAUCAUUUGGAUACAAGAGUCGCCUCAAAUAUCACACAAAUACAGUACAUGGCCGGAACAAACCAUUUGAAUGUGACAUUUGUCACAAGUCAUUUGGAAAAAAAAGUACCCUCAAAAGUCACAUAAAUGCAAUACAUGACCAGAUCAAACCCUUCGAAUGUGAGAUUUGUCACAAGUCAUUUGGAUACAAGAAUCACCUUAAGAGGCAUAUAUUUGCGGUACACGAUCGCAGAAAGCUCUUCGAAUGUGAUAUUUGCCACAAGUCAUAUUGCCGCAAGGAUGUUCUCAAAAAACACAAAAAUAAAAUACAUAAUAGCCAAGUGUGAGAUUUGCCCAAGGAUCUUUGCACGAAAUAAAGACUUCCGCACUCAUAUAAGUACGCUAUGUAAUUGUAAUAAACUUUUUUCAUAAACUAUCUUCAAUUUCGUGAAAAA